AUGCCGGCAAUUGUGGACCCGAAUGGAGUCAAGUGUACGUACCCCGACUGCAACCUGCACUUCGACACAGAGAAGGAUAUGAAGAGACACAAGAAACAUGACGACGACCAUGACUACUGCCACAAGUGCGAUGAGGACUUCAAGUCAUACGACGAUCUUGCGCAGCACAAGAUCUUCAGACCUGACAUGCACAACAAGGCUUGUCGCGUUUGUGGCCAAGAAUUCAAGUCCGAGUCUGGGUUGAAGCGCCACAUCGAACUGUCGCACAAGAUCGACCAGAAACUGACCUGUAUUGGAUGCCACAAGUCAUUCUACCGGGCAUGCCUGUUCAUCGAGCACCUCGAGUUCGGUUACUGCGACGUCAUCUCUGCUUCGCAGUUCCAAGGCCACAUCGUACACAAGCACCUAGUCACGGCGCUGCUGAAGGAUGGUUCUGCCUAUGCUCGUUUUCAGGCCAAACAAGCCAAGUUUGAAGCAGCCCAUGGUGACUUCGAAGAAGAAGGCGGCAUAUGUCUGGAUGAUCCGCUGGACAGAGAUGAGGAAAUCGAUGACGUGAAGUUCGCUGCUCUUCAACCUGAUGUCUCCAACGCGUUUCCUCCUCCUGCCGCCGCUGUUCCGUAUCCUCCGCUCCCUUCACAAGUUCGGGCUGCUAGCUACAGCAUCGGUGAGGCCGCUUCUACAAUCGGCGCUAAGUCGGUCAAUGAUGACGAUGGUACCAGCACUGUGGUCGGGCCUCGCAUUUCUGCUCCGCAUUCCGCCUACGGGAGCUCCACGUGCGCUGCGUCCACAUCAACUGGUCGUCAACUCAAGGUAUGGGGCGAUCGCAACGGCAAGACAGCUAGUAGCACCCUGUUCCCUAACGCUAAACCUACACCCGUGGCCAAAGAGUUCUCUAUCGCCGCGCAUGACGAGCAGAUGGAACGCGAACAUGGCAUCAAUAUCAUGAAGACGCGUUUCUGGGAUCCCUUGAGCAGCGACUGGAACCCAGAGCGCUUCUACGACUCUGUUAUCAACAAGUACAACUGUCCCUUCGUGUGCGAGCUCACGUUGGCUACACCUGCCGACCUCAAUAAGCACAUCAACAGCGAUCAUCGUCUUACUCGCAUGAAGUGCCCGUCAUGCCUCAAGUACUUCAAGUCAGCUACUGCACUGAUGGCACACUGCGAGAGUCGGGGGCCUAAGUGCCAGAUCAACAAGGCUGAUAACUUCAACAUCUUCCUGGACCGGCUCUCUGGUGGUUUCCUCGGCGUUGACGAGAAGAUUCGCCCUGAUCACCUCAAUAACCCCACUGUCAUGCUCACCAACCCCGAGACGGGCAGGAUGGAGCGCUACAAGCCUCCUGUUGCUUCAUAUCUGCAGUAUAUGGUCACCAAGCCUCCAGACUGGAAGGAGCCCGCCAAGGCUGGCGUUCAGAUAGGGUUUGCUAUGCAGCAGAGUCAGUGGUAGAAUGCUCGAAGCGACAGACUGGUAACAUCCUCCCGACUGCUACAUGGUGUGGUUGGGCUAUUGCAGUGGAUCGUGAAGGUUGACGAACUCGGCGUGUACGAGAUGAGCUAUGAGCGAGAAAGAAGCAUCGGUCUUACGAUAUGACGACAGACGGUCGGCAAAAGCAGGCACUCUGACGCUCACAGCUUUUCUUUGGCGUGCUUUUUUCUGCUCUGGCAGAUGGAAUGCCUGCUUGGGCAUCUGGCGCAGGGACGAUAGGCUCUGAGCCUCGUUGUCAAGGUCGAAGAGGAGGCCAUGCUGGUGCGGCUGUUCCAUAGCUGAACAGGAUUGUGUUUCUCAAGCUUCGUAUGUGUGCCUGUGAAGAUUGCGUGUACUAAUCUAUACUUGCUGUUGAAU